UGAUGUGGCAGGGUUCAAUCUGAUGCCAAAAGCAUAAUGUUUGAGCUCGGUGUGUUCCCAAAAACAUAUUAUCGUAGCUAUGCGCGAACUUGGCCCCUCUCCAAGAUUGUUUACUGGAACCUGUUCAGGGUGGGGAUGUUCUUAACAGGAAGACGGGACAAAAUCCAGCUCUGUCCCAUACAACUCCGUCCCGAGUCAUUUCAUAUUAUGUGAAAGACUUAUCGCUUGCAGGUCGCUGCUGUUCUUCCACGUUUGAAAAGCUACUUUCAGCCUCCGUUGGUAUUUGUGUGUUAGGAAGAACUGAACGCCAUGCUCGGGGUGGAGGGCAGAUCCGGUCAAGUGAGGGUGUGACCGCUCUUGAGAUCGAGGAGCUGAGAGAAGAAGAAUGGCUCAAAAUGUAAACUUUGAUCUGAGUCACCCCGCAGUGGAAGCUGGACUGGAAAGCCCAGCAGACGAGAACGUGGUUCAUGAUUCGUUCAGCCAGCUGAUUGCAGAACAGAGUCAGAACGAGGGACUGUCUGAUGCCAUCGAGCUGCAGCAUCUGCAGGGGAACCCAGACGACGACGAGGGCCGAGACAAUGUGGCGUAUUUGUCACCCUCUGAGAAUCGGGGAUGGAGGAUAGGAAGCGAUGAAGCUGCAGAAGAGGACAAUGAAACACAAACGGACUCUCUCCUCAAGGAUCGCUGGUCUUCAGCCACCCUGAAGAUCCUCUCCUCCAUGCCGAGCCGCACUAUCGGCCGCAGCCGGGGAGCCAUCAUCUCUCAGUACUACAACAGGACCACUGAGCUUCGGAGACGCACGCAGAAAAGGGCGUCCAUCAAAGACUUCUCUCGCUCCGCCAGGCCCAGCAUCCGAGGCUACGGCGUGGAGGUGGACACUACAGACUCGGCAGAGAAGAAGCAGGAGCGACUGGUCAAAAACCUGCAGGACUUGUCGGCGGUUGACCGAAUGAGGAUGCUCAAAGAAAUGCCUCUGAAUUUGUCUGAGAAAAAAGACCUCAGGAGGUUGACGUUGGAAAUGACUAAGCGAACACGUUCCAGCAGUAAUCUUCCCUGUUGCAGUUAUCUGAAAUUUCAAAUCAUUUUAGCCCUGAGGCACAGCUGGUACAGCUGUCUGUCCUUCCUGCACUCCCUGCAGCUGUGGCAAAUGCCGCUCAAGAGAGUCGGCGGGCGCUUCGGCUCCGGGGUCCUCUCCUACUUCCUGUUCCUCAAGACUCUCCUCUUCUUCAACGUGUUCCUUUUUCUGGUCUUGGGUUCGUUCUUGGUGUUUCCGCAGGCGGUGUACCUCCCAGAGCUGCCUGAAAGCAGAACGCCCUUCACUGGACUGGAGCUCCUCACCGGAGGGGGCUACUUCUCCAACACCCUGCUGUACUACGGAUACUACAGUAACCACACGCUGCCGAACUGUCCGAAGAACAACUCCACCAGACCGGAGUGCGACUCAAGGUCCCUGUCCUACAAUAUGCCGCUUGCAUAUUUCUUCACAAUCGGACUGUCCUUCUUCAUUACAUGCAUCAUCCUUGUGUACAGCAUGUCAAAGUCGUUUGGUCAGAGCUUCAGGAUCGACAAGUCCAACGGCAUGUUGGCCAUGAAGGUCUUCUGCUCGUGGGACUUUAAGGUCAUCAAGAGAAGCUCGGUCAAGCUGCUGUCUGAAAACAUCUGCACCCAGCUCAAGGAGCUGCUGGGAGACACACAUCACAGGCUCGUCAGGAAUACGAUCUUAGACAAGUUGAUCAAACUGCUGAUUCAUGGCCUCAGCUGGACACUCUGCCUUGGGGCUACCGCUGGAUGCGUGGCCGGGAUUUACUGCUUCUCAGAUUAUAUGCACAAAAAACAGGAAAGUUCGGAAAAUGACUCCGAGGAUCCAGGGUUACUAAACGAAGCCAGCCUCUUGGCUCUGCCUGUCCUCGUCUCCUUCAUCAACUUGAUGCUGCCGAUCCUCUUCCAGCUCACAGCCUGGAUGGAGAAGUACAACUCUCCAUCUCUGCGCACGUUUGUUUCACUCAGUCGGAACUUGAUAUUAAAAGUGAGCGUGCUUGGAGUCCUCUGCUUCCAUUGGUUGAAACGGGUGGCUGGCAGCGCCAACGAUGACAAGACAUUCAAGUGCUGGGAGAGUUUUGUUGGUCAGGAUCUUUACCGCUUCCUAGUCAUCGACUUCAUCUUCUCUCUGCUGGAUACCCUGUUUGGAGAGCUGCUUUGGAGGUUAUUCUCUGACAAAGUGCUCAAGCGAAACAGAAGACCGGGGUUUGAUAUCGCCAAGAACGUCCUGGACCUCAUCUACGGACAGACGUUGGCCUGGUUGGGUCUUCUCUUCACUCCCCUCCUGCCUGCUGUGCAGAUCCUCAAACUGCUGCUGCUCUUCUACAUUAAGAUGAGCAGCGUGAUGAUGAACUGCCAGGCCCCCAGCCGGCCCUACAGAGUCAGCCAGAUGACCACCAUCUUCAUCACCCUCCUGUGCUUCCCCUCCUUCCUCGGUUCCUCCGUGUGCGUCACGUACACCAUGUGGAGGCUCCCAUCCUCAGGGUCAUGCGGUCCUUUCCGUGGGAACAAAACCAUGAUCCAGGCGGGGAAACAAAGGAUUGCUGAGCUGGUUGACGAAAACCGCAGCUUGUCCUUUCUGGCUGAUGCUCACACCUAUUUGGUGGAAAAUCCCCUUUUCCUGUUUGUGGGAGCAGCCAUCUUUCUGAUAGUCAUUUACUUCCAGAGUCAGGUGGUGGACGGCCAAAGGAAGAUCAUCGCUUUACUGCAGGAGCAGAUAGAAAAUGAGGGAGAAGACAAAAAGUUCCUAAUUACUCGGCUUCAGUCUGUCCACGAGCGCAAACGGACCCCAGCGAGGAAUCUCACAAGCCAGCUGCAGGACUCUGGAUGUUGAGCUCCGCUGAGCUUCUGGAAGAUGAACUUCCUCAAUUGUCUGAGGAAUGAAUCUUCAGCCACUGGGGUUGUAACUGGGACAAAACGCAAAGACGUGAUGAACUUCACGCAGCGGCGGAAGAUCGAUUCGGCUUUUUAUAUGGAGAAAACUAGCAGCACGAAACCACUGGUGAAAAAAGAAAAACAAAGAAAACAUUUUAUAGAUAAAAGUUUUUGAUGCUUUAUCUGCACAUCGUUACUUCCUAAUAAGGUGCAGACACGACAGACUUUGUGUGUCAUACUUAAGGACUUCUUUUUAACUAACUGUUCAACAUCCAGAUAAUUUUGUAUUUAAUAAAGCAGAAAUAUUUAGAUUUCAUCUCCUUUUAAAGAAGCACUUUUUCUACCAACUGUGAACUAUUUUCUGUUCCUCAUCCAAAUAUGUCAUUAGUGUGCCAUUGGUAAACUUUGGGUUUUCUGGGUGUGUUGGUGUAAAUAAUUUUUAUUUUCUUUUUACGGUGAAAUUUUCACUCUGCUUUUGUAAGUAAAUGACGUUUUAUUA